AAGACCAAAAUUUUAAGAAAAAGAAAAAAAAACUCCUCCUCUCAUCCUAUUUACGUCGAACAUUCAUUUGGAGCCAAACCAGUAAUGUGGAAGGACUGGUUAUAUAAAUGACGCGAAGUCUCAGAGGUCACAGCAGAGCUGAAUAGCAUUCCUUCCUAACAGGGAAACCUGCCUGAACGCUGAUCCUUAUUAAGCACUCUCUGAAGUGUGUAAUAGGCUCUCUCCCAGAAUCUCUGCAAGUCCUCUCCAAGUGUGGAAGAGGAGGCUCAGUGUGACUGACAGCAUUGCCCCAGAGAAUUGAAGAUCAAGGACUUCCACUGGGAAUCUCCUCCAAACUCCCCUUUACUGCUUCGUCAUGAAUUGGAGUACUAAGUCUAGUUUACUGACACUUUUCAUUUAUUUUACAGGUUUUUUCCUGCUACAAGCAGUUUGUGGAACUACUGUGGUGCCUUUAUGUAAUUCUGAUGGAUCUUUGGAGAACUGCACAACCGCUAUGAUAAAAACAAACAGCAGUCCACGUGCAGUAGCAGCAAGAGUAGGAGCAUGUGUAGGAGAAAUGGAAAAGUUUUGCUGGAAUGGCCAGUGCAUGUACUUUAUCGAUCUAGACGAACAUUAUUGCCGGUGUGAUAAAGGUUAUACUGGCACACGCUGUACCCACUCAGAACUUGUCCAUCAGCCACUAAGUGAAGAAUAUUUGGCUCUCACAAUCUUUUUAACAGUAAUGCUUCUUUUAGCAGUUGCUGUGGCAGCAUUUUUUGCAUAUAAAUGGUAUAAAAAUAAGAAACUAAGGCAGCCAAUCAAGGAAUACAAAGAAGUCAAUACACAAAAUAUAUAGGGAUGCUACCUUCAAACCUUCAAUCAAAAGAAAAUGAAAAAAAAAAUCAAAAGUGUUCACCCUCAUUUGUAGUAGAGGUACAGAAACCUGGUUCCUCAAAAGUGUCUACAACUUCGAAAGAGAAAGGAAAUAGCUCGGCUCUAGUAUGCUUGUGUGGAAAAAUCCUUCUAUUUGUGCCCUUUCGCAGCAACUUUUAAACCUUAAUAUGAUAAUUUUUAAGACUGAGAAAUACAUUAGUAAGGUCAAAAUAUUGCUGUGAAAGGUAACAAAUAAAACCUAUUCUUGCACAACCCUGGAGUAGUGCUGGACAUAUUUUUUAUUAUUAAUUUUUUUAUUGUGCCUUCUAUCUAACUCAAGGACUUUCAAUUCCAGUCCUCAUAUUCAGAAGAACACAGCACGUUUUAAAUAUAUUCUCACAUGGACACAUAUGGAUGGAAAAUGGAGUAAUAGAACAUCUCCUAUAUGAAGAUGAAUUAAGAGCUGUGAUUGUGGAUUUAUUGUCAUCUAUGUAUGAAAGAAUUUAAAUUGAGAUAAUUUUUAUUUUAAGUCUGAUUUUUUUUUUUUUUUUUUUUACUUGCUCAAUAUUUAUACCAAGUAAUAUUUCCAAAGGAGUAAACAAAGGUCAAUUAAUAGUGUUUUUUUCCUAAUUAAUGUUUAAACUAUUUUGCAUUGUUGUUAUGUUGUUAUGUUUGUUUUUCUGACCAUAGUUACUGUACACAUCUUUCCAUGUGCAGAUCAACUGUAUGUAAAUAUUUUAUAAAA